CCGCCUCCGCGCCCCGUGGGCAGACCGGGAGGAGUCUCCGCAGCUGGGGAAGGUUCUGCGUGAGCGCUGCCAGGGGCCGCCGCUUGGCGGCCUGGGGGAAGCUCGGGCGCUGCAGAUGCAUGAGGUGUGUAAUAUUUGGGAGACGAACUUAUGAAAUGUAACCUUCACCAAGGUCGACUACUGCUUCAUUAUGGAUGACUACACAGUACUGAAGGUGAUUGGGGAGGGUUCCUUCGGCCGGGCUCUUUUAGUUCGACAAGAAAGCAGCAACCAGAAGUAUGCGAUGAAGGAAAUAAGGCUUCCCAAGUCUCUCUCCAAUGUAAAGAACUCUAGGAAGGAAGCCAUUCUAUUGGCCAAAAUGAAACAUCCCAAUAUUGUUGCCUUUAAGGAGUCAUUUGAAGUGAAUGGACACCUGUAUAUCGUGAUGGAAUAUUGUGAUGAGGGUGAUCUCAUGCAAAAGAUUAAAACAUCAACAAGGAAAGUUAUUCUCUGAGAUACGAUACUUCACUGUUUAGCACAGAUGUGCCUGGGAUUGAAUCACAUUCAAAAAAGGGUGUUACAUAGAGAUAUCAAGUCUAAGGUAAAAUGUUUCCUCACCCAAAAUGGAAACAUAAAAUUGGGAGAUUUUGGAUCUGCUCGACUUCUCUCCAAGCCAAUGGCAUUUGCCUGUACAUAUGUGGGAACACCUUAUUAUGUGCCUCCAGAAAUCUGGGAGAAUAUGCCUUAUAACAAUAAGAGUGACAUAUGGUCCUUGGGAUGCAUUUUGUAUGAACUCUGUACCCUCAAACAUCCAUUUCAGGCCAAUAGUUGGAAAAAUCUUAUCCUCAAGAUAUGCAAAGGAUACUACACUCCACUCCCAUCUCAUUACUCCUAUGAACUUCACUAUCUGAUUAAACAAAUGUUUAAGAGAAAUCCCACCAGUCGUCCUUCAGCUACUACAAUUCUCUCUAGAGGCUUGCUAGCAAAGCUUAUCCAGAAGUACUUGUCACCAGAGGUAGUCAAAGAAUAUGGUGAGCAAAUCAUAGAGGAAACCAGGAAGUCCAAGAAUGAUACACUAAGAGAAAUGGGUCCUGCAAGAACAAAUAUCAUCUCAGGAAAUGAGGCAGUUACUAUGCAAGGGGAAGAACAAGGUAAAAAGUGCAGCCACACUGACUUAGAGAACAUUAAUAAAAAUUUGGCUGAAAAUGCACAGAAGCGAAUAAGCAAAGAGGAAAAAGAAAAUAAAUCAGAUGAUCUGAGAAAAGGUAGCUCGCCAAGCCCUCAGAGGCGACAGUGGGAGAAGAACAAAUCUAAUACAGCUGUGAAUGCCUUGGAAAAUGCAUCCAUACUUUCCUCCAGUUUAAUGUCAGAGGAGGAUAGAGGUGGUUCUGUAAUAAAGUACAGUGAAAAUAAUACCAGGAAGCAGUGGCUCAAAGAAUCUCCUGAAACUCUGUUGAAUCUACUUAAGAAUGCUGACCUCAGCUUGGCAUUUCAGACAUAUACGAUAUAUAAAUCAGGCUCAGAGAAUUUCCUGAAAGGACCUCUUUCUGAUGAAGCAGAAACAUCAGAUUGUGUAGAUGGAGAUAAUGAUAUCCCCUUGGACCCUGAGAGACUUGAACCUAGACUAGAUGAAGAGGACACGGAUUUCGAAGAAGAAGAUGAUGACCCAGAUUGGGUGUCUGAACUGAAGAAGAGAGCUGAAUUACAGUGUGUGGCUCAUGAAUAAUUCCAAGAGAAAUGUUUCUUAAGCACAUUCAGAAGAAUUGUUAAAUUAAGUAAUCAACACUGUGUAAGUUUACUUUGGCAACAGAAUAGAUAAAAGCUGUGAAUAUUUCAAGAUGACGUUUUGAUGAAUAUCACCAGAAAAUACAUCUAGAACCCCUGUGGGUUUUUGAACUGGAUGUUAGUUCUGUAUUAAUCCUCUAAUUGGAACAGUGUCAUGUAAAUUGUUUUCUUUACAGGUCAGAAAGGAAAGUGGUGGCAUCCUGGGAAAACAUCUUAAGAUUUCUUUUCUUAAUAAUAUUCAGUGUACUUUUAAUCCUGAAAUACUUUGAUGGUUGUUGCUGCUUAUUAGUAACAAGAUUUUGACAUAUUGUGUGUUUAUACUCCAUAAUAUUUUUAUGAGAGCGUGAUAGGAUGUGUUUUUAGUGGUUCAUUUAUUCUUAAAUCGUAAGAUCUUUUUCCACUAGUUGACAAAGGAGCCAGCAGGGAUGGAACAGAAAUAGGAAGAUGAGAGUGGGCUGAGUUUCUAGAUCAUAUCAGAGGUCAGGUAUGAGUGUUAAGAAUAGAGAAUUAGUAUCACCAAUGACGUAGAAUAGGGAAGGACAAAUCCUUGAGAGGAAAAUCAAGCUCUGUUAGUGUCAGUUCUUUAGAGAUGAAACAUUCUACACAUGGACAAUUCUUGGACUGCAGUAUCCUUUGGUAGAACGUAAGCUAUUUGAAGGCAGGAAUUAGUCAUCUUUGUUUCUAUUAUCUGCAAUUCCCAGCAUAUUUGUUUUGAAUUGCUCACAUGGCCUUUCCCUCUGGGGCCUCCAGGGGGUUUGAUAUGGGGAAAUUAAUUGAUAAUGAACAACUGAGGAAGGAAUAAGUGACAAAAGUAGAGAGGUUAUCAGUGGAAUAAUUAUAGUUCUAAUUAAUAUGAUGUAAUUUUAAAAAUAACUUUAUAAAAUUUUUGAGGUCUCAAUAGAAACACAGAAUUUUAGAUCUUGGGAAUGACCAAGGAGAUCUACUCUAGACCUUUUAUCUUAUAGAUCAAGAAACUGUGGCUCAGCCUGGUUGUGACUUGGCCGAGAUUAUCCAGGGGUAGAGCUAGAAUGAUAAUGUCACCAAGUCAGUCAGUCAGCAAAUAUUUAUUAAGAGUGCUUUGUACAGGCAUUGAUCUAGGUGCUGGGCAUACAAAGAAAAGCAAAAACCAUCCCUGCCCGCAAGGAAUUCACAUGCUCAUGGGGAAGACAAUGUGAAGAAAUAGGUACAUAUAAGUGUUCUUUCCACUGAAAAAGGCUGUUUCCAUCCAGUACUCUCACGAUUCUUUUAGAAGGACAAAUCAUUAUGCUACAGUUUUAUGUGUAAUGGGUGCUGCAAAAGGAAUUGCUCCAUGAAUACAUGGCAUCAAGGACCCAGUAGGGAUAGAACAGAAAUAGGGGGAUGAGAGUGGGUUUAAGUUCUUUUUUUUUUAGUGAGGCACUUGGGGUUAAGUGACUUGCCCAGGGUCACACAGCUAGUAAGUGUUAAGUGUCUGAUGCCGGAUUUGAACUCAGGUCCUCCUGAAUCCAGGGCUGGUGUUCUAUCCACUGCUCCACCUAGCUACCCCUUAAGUUCUUGAUCAGAUCAGAGGCUGGGUGUGAAUGAUUAGAAAGAAUAGGACAUGGGGGCAGCUAGGUGGCGCAGUGGAUAAAGCACCGGCCCUGGAUUCAGGAGGACCUGAGUUCAAAGCCGGCCUCAGACACUUGACACUUACUAGCUGUGUGACCCUGGGCAAGUCACUUAACCCUCAUUGCCCUGCAAAAAAACAAAACAAAACAAAAAUGAAUAGGACAGAAGAAGGAUGCUAGUAGCAAUCGGUGCAAAGCAGCUGGUACUAAACUUGGACUUAUAAGGGGGAACAAAGCAAGUCUGAUCGGGAUGGGGAAUUGGUUAGGCAAAAACAGUGUUUAACCUGAGAUUCAAGGAAUUAGGGGAAAUGUCCUGCUGAAAUUGAAGUGGGUAGGAGAUAAUUAGGAAUUAUGGGUAUAUAAUUAGUCUGUGACAGACUAUGCAGCCUGUAUAUUUUUCGGGGGUGGCAGGGUCCUCCUGAAUCCAGGGCCAGUGCUUCAUUCAAGGCAUCACCUAGCUGCCCUCUACUCUGAAAUUUUUUAAAAUAAUAAACACUGUUUAAAAAGUAAACAAAAUUUCAGAAUAAUCUCCUCAUUUCAUCUGUAACUAGGACCUUUUUCUCUGUUUUGUAAUAUUAAGGUAUCUGAUGUCAGGAGUCAUACUUCCUUAGAGAAAUUAUAAUUUUCAUGAUUUUUCUAAAAAUAUUUGGUCACCUUUUCAUACUUU